AUGGACAACGAAAAGUCUAAUGAUGCGAUCUAUGCAUCUAUGGUUGGCACCUGCAUUUUAAGUGUGAUCGGAUCAAUUUUUGUAAUUUCUGCCUACAUUUUAUUCAAAGAACUAAGAGCGUUUGCUUUUAAACUGGUCGCUUAUUUAGCUUUUGCCGACAUGUGCUCUGCUUUAGGUAUUUUCUACUUAGUUUACAUGAUCCCUUGAAAAGUUUCAGACCCUCUCUGCCAAUUUCAAGCCUCAGUCAGUCUUUAUUUUGACCUUUCCGGUGUUUUAUGAUCAAAUAUCAUCGCUCAUGCACUUUAUUCAGCAGUUAUCAGGCACAAGCCUAUAGAGCUUUACCACACAAAAUACCUCAUUUAUGCAUUCACAAUUCCAAUAAUCCCUGCAGUCAUCCCUUUUAUCUCUAACGAUUAUGGGAGUUCUGGAGCCUGAUGCUGGAUAUCAGGAACAUCAGUUUACCAAAAUUUAGAAAAAUAUUUUUUAUUUUAUAUUCCUAUGUGAUUUGUAUUAAUUUACAAUGCUGUGGUGUACUUAAAAGUGAUAAGAAAAAUAAAAAAUGAAGCAGAUAUAGGGAGUAGAGAAAACAAGCUGAAAAGGAAACUGGUGAGGAAACUGAAAUUGUACCCAAUUAUUUUUCUUAUAUGUCAGGUUCCUGUUACAAUCUAUAGAGUAUGAGGAACAAUUAAAGAGCUUGACUGGACUGAUUAUGAUCCUGAUGAUAGUUUUUGGAUACUUUGAAUUGCAGCAGUCAGUAUGUGCUCAAAUGGAGCACUAAAUUCAAUUGCAUAUGGACUGACAGGAGUCGUAAAAAAGAAACUGAGAGAAGUGAUAUGUAGAAGGAAAAAAAAUCCGCUUGAAGACUCUAUGAUGUAUGAUAUAGUGAAGGAAGAAAUUUAA